UUUGGAGCCAGUUCGGUGUACUAUGUCAAACCCUUUGAAAGAAAAAAAAAGAAUCAGUGAAUAAACGAGGAAGAAAGAGGAGGAGUUAGCAGAUUGUUGAGAGCAGGGUUUAGAGGUAAGACAAGCAAAUCGGAGGGCACUUCCUGAACAGAGCUGUUGGCUGUGUGGAGGUUUUUCUCUGCUUUCUGCACUCUAACAAACUAUGGACUAGCCCUUCCUUCUCUUUGCACGGUUUGGAGCCAUAUUUUAAGAUGAGUGACCAGGACAGCAGCAGCUCUGCCUCCCAGACAGAGGGAGAAGUGGAUGAAGGGCUAGAUGGAGAGAUGGAGAGCAAAGAGGAGAAACUGAGGAGCAGCCCAGUCCCCAGUCUCUCCAGCUUCUCCUCCUCUCUGCGUGCCGUCAUACGCAUCAAACAGAAGUAUCAGGCCAUGAAGAAGCGGCGGCAGGAAAUGGCCCUGGCCCUGGGAGGAGCAGGGGCCCUCACUGGAGCCCCGUCACGCACCAGCCCCAAAAUCUUCACCUUCGAUGGACUCACCCCCAACUCACUCCCCAGCUUGUCGUCCUCUGUCCCUCAGAAGAAGAAGAGGAGGAGGAGGAAGCGGGUGUUGUUUCCCAACAGAGGGGGCCGCAGGGCUCCGCCGAGGCAGGAGCACAGCCGAGCCCAGUACUGCCUGUACCUUCUGUUUGGAAUCGUCUUUGUCCAGGUGUACAACGCCAUAGAGAACCUGGAUGACCAUGUUCUCCGAUACGACCUAGAGGGGCUUGAGAAGACGCUAAGGAGGGAGGUGUUUGGGCAGCAGGGGGCGGUGGAGGGUUUGCUGUGCCACCUGAAGGACUACCUGUCCACUUAUGUCCACAACAAGCCCCUGGUUGUGUCCCUGCACGGCCCCAGUGGCGUAGGCAAGAGCCACUUGGGACGGCUGUUGGCUGGACACUUUCGCUCGGUGGUGGGUGAGGCGCUGGUGCUGCAGUACUACGUCCUUCAUCACUGCCCUCAGGAGGCGGACGCCCUGCAGUGUGGCCGCGACCUCACCAACCUCAUCUCUGCAAUAGUGGAACGAGCCGAGGAGGAGGAGAAGAUCCCGCUCUUCAUCUUUGACGAGGCUGAGCACAUGCACAGCGACAUCCUGGACGCACUGUGGCAGCUCGUCACCUCAAAGCGGUCCAACGAGUACCUGAACGCCAUCUACCUGUUCCUGAGCAAUCUGGGACAUGCACACAUCACCAAGCACGUGCUGCACAACUCCUCAAGUAUCUCCAUGGGGAUGACAGCAUCUGGUCGCCAUAGCAACCUAGUAAAAGAGCUGACUCCAAUUUUACGCAGCACUCUGGAGAAGCUUCACCCGCUGUGGGCAGAGGUAGACAUCUUAGCUCUGGGCCUUCUGGAGAAAGGUCACGUGAUGGAGUGUUUCCUGGACGAGAUGGCCCGGGAGGGGUUCUACCCCGAUCGUACCAACAUCGAGCGCCUCGCGGGUGAGAUCGAAUAUUACCCUGCAGUAGGGGGGCGUGAAUAUUCCCAAACAGGCUGCAAGCAGGUUGUGGCAAAGGUGAACCUACUCUGAACUGUUUUGGAAGCUUGUUUUAGCCAUGAAGAAAACGUGCGUUUGAAGGGAUGGAGGUGACAAAACUUGAAUGGCACAACUCAAAGCCGAAGCUUUUGUAAAGAGUGGAAAAAAAGAAGUAGUUCAUUCACAGAAAAAUGAUAGUGAGGACAUUCAAUAAAACCUGUGAAGAACUAACACUUAUUGAAGGGUCAGUUCACCCAGAAAAAAACCUUCUUACUAACUUUUAAUAAUAUCUCUACAGAUGCUUUAUACAUGUAUGUUCAUGUUAAGUCGUGCUGUUAAGUCAGGCUAUUUUCUCUUUAAAGGUAAAAGUUAAACGGUACACAUUUAUAGAGUGCCUUUUUAACCUGAGCUAGGUUCUACAAGACGCUUUACAAUGUGUUGCUUAUUCACACACUCACACACACCAGUGGUCCCAGAGCUGUCAUGCAUGGUGAUCACCUGCCAUUAGGGGCAAGUAGGGUUCAGCGUCUUACCCAGAGACACUUUGACUCAUAGAGGGGCCAGAGAUCAAAGUAGUGGACUACCUGGUCUACCACCUACACUACCAUUCAGCUGUUGGGGUCACUUACAAAUGUCCUUGUUUUUGAAAGAAAAGCAAUUUUUUUCAAUGAAGAUCACAAUAAAUGAAUCAGAAAUACACUCUAGACAUUGUUAAAGUAGUAAAUGACUUUUCCAGCUGGAAACGGCUGAUUUUUAAUGGAAUAUCUACACAGAGGUAGAGAGGAACAUUUCCAGCAACCAUCACUCCUGUGUAGGGAUGUCUGAUAUUAGCAUUUUUGCCGAAAACCGAUAUGCCGAUAAUGUAACUCUCAACUUCCGAUUACGAUAUUAACCGAUAUCGAUAUAUGUGGACUUGGAAAUUAGAACACGAGUCCUGCGUUCUAAUGGUAUAUUGUGUUAGCUAAUGGUGUUAAAAGGCUAAUUAAGGAUUAGAAAUCCCUUGUGCAAUUAUGUUAGCACAUGAAGAAAAGUCUGAGUUUUCAUGGAAAUCAUAGAACUGCCGAGGUGACCCCAAACUUUCAAACAGUAGUGUACAUUAUAGCCACCCAUGUCAGUCCAAGAAAGGGAUGUCACUUUAGUUUUAUUUUUUUUUCGAGGGGGACAAUGUAGGGCAUACAUUAACUUAAGUAUUUACAAUACAGUUCUAUCCCUAAUAAAACAAAGGACUUCUACAGGAGUAUGGAUUUUGUGGUGUUUUUUUUUUCUUUACACAGAGACAUUUUCACCAUAAAUUGGUUAAUGCAUCUCCCCAUUUCAAGCAAAAUCUACUCCUGGGUGUCACGAUAUGAUAACCGUGAGCCUAGAAAACUAAUUUAGAAACAGCAUACAGUACAGUUAUGGUUACAGACUCUCUCUUUACCAUCCUACCUUAAUUAAUUUGCCAACAAAGAGAUAAAACAUACUAUCUACAGGCAUGUAUUCAACAGUAGUGCUGUCAUCAUUAAUGUGAAUUUAUUUGACCAUAUUUAUUUGAGUACUUUUUAUUUGUGCCAUUAUCAAAAAAAUGCGAUUAAUCCUUAAUUUGGUUUAUGACCAAAUACCUGCCAUCCCAUUCCCACCAGCUCCAGCAUUGCUUUGUCAGGAUGCUUCAGGGCCCACAACGGGUCUUUGAGUGGUGACUACACAUAACAGUAAGUAUAGUUGGUCUGUGUACAGUAAAUCAAUCUGCUACCUUGUUUGACAGAUAAAAACACACUGUCCUGCUGUUUCUGACCACUUGACAAACAAUUAUUAACUAUUUAUUCAACUUUAUUCAGUGAACCAGCCUACUGUUCAGUAGUUCAUUUAUUUAAUGAUUAUGCUUGAAUAAAUGAAAGUCAUUUAACAAAA